AUCCUAAAUACAAAAUAUAUGUUAUGUGUAAAUUAAAAGUAUAUGCAAAUGCAAAUUCCUAACUGUGUCACUUUCAUCCUAGACAAAAACAAAAAGAAACUAUCUCCAAACUCGAAUCCUCCUAUAGACAAUAAAUCUAUACAACUUUGCUGCAAAUCUCGAAUAAAACGUACAAUUUAUGCUCCUCACACAAAUGAAAUCACAAAUUGCUUAGGAAUUUUAUGGACUACGCCCAGUACGUGGAUGAUGUGAUAUUAAAACACUUACACACAGCGAUGCAUAUCUAUGGCCUAUAUAUACCAGAGAUCGGUGCUAAAUCAAUGAUAACUACUCGCUUAGAUCCAAUUAAUGCAAAUUGUGACAGCGCGUAAAUGCAAAGUGAUCCCAGCCGAGCUGCACGGAAAUCAACAACAAAUGCCACCGAGACAUGUGUACAGGCUGAUGAUUAUGGGCAGACAUUAAACAGACAAUCCAUAAUGAAAUUAUAAAAUUGAAAAGAUUAUAGCCCGGGCUGAGCGAUCGUCGAGAGGAAACUGAAACGACUGGGAAGUGCGGUGAGAUUGGAUCGAAGCGGCUUGGCCGGGGAUCGAUGUCAACUCCGGGGAGAACAGCUCGCCAAUUAAAACGAAUUAAAUAGAAAUAUACAUACAUAUAAUAAAAAGUAAUUCUAAGUAACUUGUAUCAUAAAUCAGACCGAACUGGCCAACGCGAGUGAUUGUAAAAAGUGUAAAAAGAUCAGUAAAAUAUACCUAUAUCUCAAAGUGGCAACUUCCCUCGUAUAUACGUACAACUAAAGCUCCUAAUUACCAUAAAUCCAAAAGUGUUAAAUACAAUAAUUUAUUAAAUACAUUCAAUCGACAUCUUUUACCGUUGACUACAUUUGAUUGAUAAUACGAAUAUUGGCAGCCAGACAAUAUUUAUUAAAACUUGUACAAAGCUAUUUUCUGCUAUAAAAAACUACCUGAAGACUAUCCUAUACAAACUUAAAUCCAUCUGAAAAAUACCGCCUAAACUGAAAUUCCCACGCGCCAUCGGAUAUCAAAGCUAGAUAUAUGCAUAUAUAUCUUAUAUCUUGGCCCGAUCACAGGAUGACUUACGCUCCACUGCGACAACAACAAAAACCAGCUGAAGCAACAACUAUAACCACCAGAAGAUCAAAUUUGUAUAGCAGCCAAUGCCAGUCGAGCUAUCAACAUCCGUAAGGCCGAGAGAGAAAAAUACGCUGCAAUAGCCAAACGGUGCUCAAAUGGUGAUUUCUUCCUGCCAGCGGCCAACGGAUAUCCGUGCGGAUUUUAUACCAACAACAACGACAACGAGUUGUGCAAUUAGAGCAAAGCUGCUCAAUAAACUAGAAGAGGCUGGCAAAUCGAUGCUACCAAAGCGAUCAGAAAUAUCAAGCAUGUACAUAAUCUCUGUAAGUCAAAGGCAAUUCUGAAACAGAAUCAUUCUGAGUAUCGUUGGCAGCAGACGCAUUGAAAGUCGAAAAAGCGAGCACAAAACCUAAAACCUACAACCUACAAGUCCACCAAUCAAUCAAUCAAUCAAUCGAAUUCAAGGGGAUAACGCAGGAAAACGGAGGAAAAACUCGGUUACCGCCCGUUCGCGACUUAUGAGAGUUAUGAGAGAGAAAGACCACUCACCAAGAAAGAUGCUUCCUAGCCCGAAACAGGGCUGCGUAUACCCUGCCUUAGGAUUAAUACCCACAUCGUAUAUAUCACACGUACCUUAUGAUCUGGCCUCCUCAGCGGCGGUGGCGGCCACAUCCUCGUCAUCAACGUCGCCGACGACGACGUCGGCAACGACAACUGGGCGGCUGCAGCACCAACACUCCCACCAGCAACACCAGACCUUAAAUCACCAUGCCAAGGGCAAGCGGAGAAGCAGUUUCGAUCAGCCGUUGGAUCUGCGGUUGGCACACAAGCGGAAGACGGACCUGGUGGAUCAAGGACCCAUGGAGGAUGAGAACAGCAACCUGAUCAUGUUCGCCAGUGAACUGGCGGUGGCUCAGCAAAAGGAGAAGGAGCUGAACAACAACCAUAUCGCAGCUUCGCUGGCUGACCUGGGCUUUGAUAUGAGCCGCAAAAUGCUAAGGGCCUUGAGAGAGGGUGGUGCAGGUGGCGGUGGUGGAGGAGGAGGAGGAGGCGGUGGACCACCCAACGCACCGCCCUUAACACCACCGCAAUGUUCGAUACCCGCCGUACAUCCCACACUCCUAGAAGCCAUGACCAAGAACUUGCCCUUGCAGUAUCGCAAUGUGUUCGCUGGGGUUUUGCCGGGCAAGGUGACCAGUCCGGCGGCCUCAAGUAGUCCGACGGGCGCCGAUUUCCCGUUCCGGCACCCGCUCAAGAAAUGCGAGCUCACCUGGCCACCGCCCACAGAGCAAUUGCAACUGGAGCUGCCUCAUCCGAACCCGAAGUUGUCGCCGGUCCUGCCGCAUCCGCAACUGCAGGACUAUCAGACGCGGCGGAAAAACAAGGCCAGAACAGCUGCCACCGGGGGCAAUGCUACGACCAACUUGCCGCAACGCAACAAGGAUCGCUACACCUGCAAGUUUUGCGGAAAAGUCUUUCCGAGAUCGGCGAACCUGACGCGGCAUCUGCGAACGCACACGGGCGAGCAGCCCUACAAAUGCAAAUACUGCGAACGUUCCUUUAGCAUAUCCUCGAAUCUGCAGCGCCAUGUGCGGAAUAUCCAUAACAAGGAGCGACCCUUCAAGUGUGAGAUAUGCGAGCGAUGCUUCGGCCAACAGACUAAUCUGGACAGGCACCUCAAGAAGCACGAGUCGGAUGCGGUGUCCUUGAGCGCCCUGUCGGGCGUGAGCGAAAGGAUGCACUGCAUACGCAGAUUCUGCGAGAAUCCCACUGAAGAAUCCUAUUUCGAGGAGAUACGCAGCUUCAUGGGCAAGGUCACGCAGCAGCAACAACAGCAGCAGCAGCACGACCAACAGCAGCAGCAGCAGCACCAGUCAACCGCAACAUCGGCGUCCAGUUCGUGCUCCUCGUCGCGGGACACGCCCACAUCCUCACAGGAGGAGGUGGACCAUGCGCCAGCAACAUCGGCGGCUGACACGGCAGCACCAUCGUCCAGCAGAGACCAGGAGGAGGAGGACUCGCAGCCGAUCAUGGAGCUCAAGAGGACCCUCACCUCCAAGCUCUUCCCCACCACUACCGCAGACAGCGCGAUGACGACGCCCCAAACAACAUCUAUCAAGGAAGAGGAACCCUAACUACGUAAAAUCAAUUUCAGCAAACAAAUUUCCUAUAGCAGAGGAGCCGGAUGGAGGCGAAGAGGUUUCUAAACUAUGUCUAACACCUAGCUGAGGAGCAGAUCCCUAAAACUAUGUCUAAUAUCUAGCUGUAAAUAUAUAUAUACAUGUACCCCUAAACCCCUAUAUGUUCUACAAAUACGUGUAAAUCGAAUUGUACAAAUCGAGAAUUGGCAGAUAUUUUAAUAUAAAUAAAUACGAACGUAUGUGCAUAACUAUUAUUAGAUUCGUCCUAAGCAUUGGUAUUCUUUUGUACAUAUACGAGCGUGACAUGACGAAAAGUGUAUGAAAAGUAAUGACAAACAAAACAACGCGCCCACUGUUUAAAUAAAAAGUUACAAGUUUUUGAAAUUAAAA